AAUCGCAGCCCCGCCGCGGCUCCCCGGGGCUGGGGAUGCUCGCAGCAGCCGCUCGCUCCGCUCACGCAGCGCCGCCCGCCCCCGGCUCCGGCGGGGAACACGUGCGCCCGCCGCAGCACCGAGCGUCGCCCGCCGUGCCGCGGAGGGGGCUGCCGGCAGCUGCUGCCUGGCAACUGGGCGAAACCCCCCCUCAAAAUCCCCCCCCCCAGAUCUUCAGAGGUGGGGGAUUUUCCCAGCCUGCAGCUGCACUGGGUGGCGUGGAGCCCCGUGCACCGUGCUGCGGGCACCCUUCACCUGCCUGCACGUGGUGACCCUGCUCCGUGCCCGUGUCACGGGCGCAGCCCUGCCUGGCUGUGCCGAGCUGCGCUGGGUGCUGGCAGCGACUUUGUGGGGCUGGGGGGGGGGGGGGGAGCAGGAAAACCUUUGGGAGAGCAUUUUGGGGUGCGGUGCAUCAUCUGCUCAGGGAGAUGGGGGUGCUCAUGGAGAUAGAGGCAAACGCUGGCUGCUUUCCCCCUCCACGAGCCUCACGUCCACGGGAGGGCACGGGCAGGGGGUCCCGGCCAUCCCGGUGCCCCCUGAGCCCCGCUCCCCCCCGGCAGGCCGACAUCGAGCAGCUGGACCCCCGAGGACGCACCCCGCUGCACUUGGCCACCACGCUGGGCCACCUCGAGUGCGCCAGGGUGCUGCUGAAGCAUGGAGCUGACGUGGGCAAGGAGAACCGCAGCGGCUGGACGGUGCUGCAGGAGGCCGUGAGCACCCGCGACCUGGAGCUGGUGCAGCUGGUCCUGCGCUACCGCGACUACCAGCGAGCCAUCAAGCGCCUGGCCGGGAUCCCCAUCCUGCUGGAGAAGCUGCGCAAGGCCCAGGACUUCUACGUGGAGAUGAAGUGGGAAUUCACCAGCUGGGUGCCGCUGGUGUCCAAGAUCUGCCCCAGCGACACGUACAAGGUGUGGAAGAGCGGCCAGAACCUGCGGGUGGACACCACGCUGCUGGGCUUCGACCAUAUGACCUGGCAGCGGGGCAACCGCAGCUUCGUCUUCCGCGGGCAGGACACCAGCGCCGUGGUGAUGGAGAUCGACCACGACCGGCGGGUGGUCUACUCGGAGACGCUGGCCCUGGCCGGCCACGACCAGGAGGUGCUGCUGGCUGCUGUGCAGCCCACGGAGGAGCAGGUGAUGGGGCGGCUCACGGCCCCCGUCGUCACCACCCAGCUCGACACCAAGAACAUCGCCUUCGAGAGGUGGGCACGGGCUGCGAUGACCCCCCGGGUGGCCGCGUCCUGUCCAUCCAAGAGUGAUGUCCCACCUCAUCCCAUCUUAUCCCAUCCCAUCCCAUCUCACCCAUCCU